GUUCGGCAGCAUCCUGUAGCAGCCCGAUCGUGUGGUUUCGGUGAAAGAGACCGCCGAGUGAUCGAUCCACCACCGAUAAUACAGGUAUUGAUAGACGACCCCCAGAUUCCAGAUCCAGAACGCCAGCGUAUCUUGAGAUAUCCCUGGGGUGUUAUGCACUGCACGAUAUGGUCCGAGGAUGGCCAACGCGACUGCUCAGGGAUGCAGGACGAUUUCCGCACAAACAAGAGAUUGAUGGGCACGCCAGUCUCGUCACCAUUCGUAGGCUUCGAUGACAAAGGAGAAGAGGGUUGCUUCUACUGCUUCCCCGAUUUGUCAGUGCGCACACCAGGGGCGUUCCGGCUGCACUUCUCACUUGCCAUUCUUGAUCCAUCGAUGCAGAAGAAUGUGCCCGUGGUUGCUGGGGUCAUGAGCGAUGUAUUCAGAGUGUACAAUGCCAAAGACUUCCCAGGGAUGCAGGCCAGCACAGCGCUCACAAAGACCCUGAAGAAGCAGGGCUGCUUGAUUUCCAUCAAAAAG